AUGGCGAGCAAACGAAUCAUCAAAGAACUUUUGGAUCUGCAAAAGGAUCCACCGACGUCGUGCUCGGCGGGGCCGCGAUCGGACGAUGACAUUUUCCACUGGGACGCCACGAUCAUCGGUCCGUCGGACUCGCCGUACCAAGGGGGGCUGUUCUUCGUCGCGAUUCACUUUCCGCCGGAUUACCCCUUCAAACCGCCGAAGGUUAACUUCAAGACGAAGGUGUACCAUCCGAAUGUGAACAGCCAAGGGUCAAUUUGUUUGGAUAUCUUGAAGGAGCAGUGGUCGCCCGCAUUGACGAUUAGCAAGGUGCUCCUGAGCAUCUGCUCUCUGCUCACCGACCCGAACCCGGAUGAUCCCUUGGUACCGGAGAUCGCGCACGUGUACAAGACCGAUCGCAACCGAUACAACGAACUCGCGAAGGAGUGGACGCGCAAGUACGCGACGUUGUAG